CGGCGUGGAGUCUCAUUCGGUGAACACGUACCUGUUCACAGAGGGCCAACAUGGGGCGCCGUCCUGCAAGAUGUUAUCGCUACUGCAAAAACAAGCCGUACCCGAAAUCGCGUUUCUGUCGCGGUGUGCCGGAUCCCAAGAUUCGCAUUUUCGAUCUUGGCCGCAAGAAGGCAUCGGCCGAGGACUUCCCACUAUGCGUGCAUUUGGUGUCCGACGAGUAUGAACAGCUCAGCUCGGAAGCGCUGGAAGCUGGACGCAUUUGCUGCAACAAGUAUCUGGUGAAGUUCUGCGGCAAGGAUCAGUUCCACAUUCGCAUGCGUGUCCAUCCGUUCCACGUGAUUCGCAUCAACAAGAUGUUGUCCUGUGCCGGAGCUGAUAGGCUCCAAACUGGAAUGCGUGGUGCUUUCGGCAAGCCGCAGGGAACCGUCGCUCGUGUCCACAUCGGACAGCCGAUCAUGUCGGUGCGCUCGAGCGAUCGCUUCAAGGCGCAGGUUGUGGAGGCACUGCGUCGUGCCAAGUUCAAGUUCCCCGGUCGCCAGAAGAUCUUCAUCUCGAAGAAGUGGGGCUUCACCAAGUACGAUCGCGAAGAAUACCAGAAGCACAGUGACGAGGGUCGCCUGGUGUCCGACGGAUGCGGUGUUCAGUUCCGAAACGAUCACGGUCCGCUCGCCAAGUGGGAACAGCACCAGCGGGACCGUUUCAGCGCCUAAACGUGACCGAGGCAAAUCGGGUCCUUAGCGUACCCUUUUUUUUCUUCUGAACAAUAAAGCACUAUUCUGCGUCUGAAGUCUUGUACCUCGUUCCGGACGGAUACUGAA